AUGAAGAGAUCGUACGAAGAAGAGAAGUCUUUCAUCACGAGGGAGAAUGGACAGCGGUUCCGUAUCGAUCCCGGUUUCGUCCCCAACAUGAAAGUGCCCGGGUACUUCUACGCGAACGAUCGGCUGGAGAAGCUGACGUUCGAGGAGCUGAGGCAGCAGUCUGGCGGGAAGGGAGGCGGGGGGUUUCUGCCCGCGGUGAAGCAGAUCGCUAACGUGGCUGCGCUCCCUGGGGUUGUCAAGGGAUCCAUCGGCUUGCCUGACGUGCACUCGGGGUAUGGCUUCGCCGUCGGAAACGUGGCCGCCUUCGACAUGGCCGAUCCGGACGCUGUGGUGUCGCCAGGCGGGGUGGGCUUCGACAUCAACUGCGGUGUCCGUCUGGUGCGAACAAACCUGACGCUGGAUGACGUCCUCCCCGUGAAGGAGGAGCUCACGCAGUCGCUGUUCGACCACAUCCCGGUCGGCGUGGGUACCAAGGGCAUGGUCCCCAUAACGGCGGCGGACCUGAACGAUGUUCUGGAGAUGGGCAUCGACUGGUCCAUCAGAGAAGGCUACGCUUGGGUAGAGGACAAGGAGCACUGCGAGGAGUACGGGAGGAUGCUGCAGGCGGAUCCCACCAAGGCAAGGCGUGCCAAGAUCCGUGGCCUGCCGCAACUGGGCACCUUGGGCGCGGGCAACCACUACGCCGAGAUCCAGGUAGUGGAGGAGGUUUACGACGAGCAGGCCGCCAAGAAAAUGGGCAUCGACAAGGUUAACCAGGUUUGCAUCAUGAUCCACAGCGGAAGCCGCGGGCUGGGGCACCAGGUCGCCACCGACGCCCUCGUGCUGAUGGAGGCGGCCAUGGCAAGAGACAAUAUCGACAUCAACGAUCGCCAGCUCGCGUGCGCCAAGAUCAACAGCCAGGAGGGGCAAGACUACUUGGCGGGGAUGGCGGCGGCGGCAAACUACGCCUGGGUUAACCGCGCGAUGAUGACGUUCCUCACGCGACGAGCCUUCUCCAAGAAGUUUGGCAAGACGGCGGAGGAACUGGACAUGCACGUCGUCUAUGACGUUUCGCAUAACAUCGCUAAGGUGGAGCAGCACAUCGUGGACGGCGACCUCAAGACGCUGCUGGUCCACAGAAAGGGCGCCACCCGCGCAUUCCCCCCCCACCACCCCCUGAUACCGGUAGACUACCAGUUCACGGGGCAGCCGGUUAUCGUCGGGGGCACCAUGGGGACCUGCAGCUACGUCCUAACCGGCACACAGAAGGGCAUGGAUGAGACGUUCGGUAGCACUUGCCACGGAGCCGGGCGUGCUAAGAGUAGAAACGAGUCCAGGAAAACUCUGGACUACGAAGCAGUGCUUGGGGGGUUGGAGAAGAAGGGCAUAUCCAUUAGAGUGGCCAGCCCCAAGCUAGUCAUGGAGGAAGCGCCCGAGAGCUACAAAGACGUGACGGAAGUGGUGAACACAUGCCACGACGCCGGGGUGUCCAUGAGGGCUGUCAAGCUCAGGCCUAUUGCGGUCAUCAAAGGCUGAUCGAAUGGGUUGAUUUGAUUGGUUGGUUGGUUUGCGUUCAGCGGGUAUUUGGGGUGGCGUGGUGAUAAUGCACAUUUGGUGAUGAGGGCGUUGUUGUUUGUGUUUUGCUUUGUUUUGUAUAGAAGGUGACGGUGUAGCGUGCUGAGGAUCGGUGUGGCCGUGGGGAUAUCGAAGCAGGGGGGGCAGAAGGUCUUUUUGGGGGGGGGGUGUUAUUGUUUGCGUCUUGUCUUGUUCUGUUUUUCGGGGUGGUGGACGCUCAGAAGACUAUGUGCACUAUACACUAUAGUAGCGUUUUGUCUGUAGAUUUGCCUUGUGGAGGGGGGCGAGGACUUAGGCAUCGUGAAGAAGGUGAACCUUGUGCUCCUAUGUAUGCGAGAGGCUCGUCGAUGUGUGAUCUGGGAUCAUUCGAAUGCGCGUGUCGACCGAUGCAUGUCGAGUUUGCCUGCCGUGAGAGCCGCCAGCAGGGUAAGACUAACGGAGUACUGUAGCGCAACAUUGAAGAGAAAAAGCUU